AUGGGGGAGAUGCAGAUGGGCAAUCAGCAGACAAGGCCAAUGAUAAACCCAAGGUAAGGUGCGUGUGUACAGGUUCACCGUGUUAAAGUGGUGCUCCUCUCUCACUACCAUCUUCUGUUUACUGUGUUGAGUUGGUGCUCCUCUCUCAUACCAUCUUUUGUUCACCAUGUUGAGGCCUGGGGCUCCUCUCUCAACACCACACCCCCAUCUUCUGUUCACUGUAGUGAAGUGGUUCUCCUCUCUCACUACCAUCUUCUGUUCACUGUGGUGAAGUGGUUCUCCUCUCUCACUACAAUCUUCUGUUCACUGUGGUGAAGUGGUGAUCCUCUCUCACUACCACACUACCAUCUUCUGUUCACUGUGGUGAGUGGUUCUCCCCUCUCACUACCAUCUUCUGCUCUUUGUGGUGAAGUGGUUCUCCUCUCUCACUAUGAUCUUCUGUUCACUGUGGUGAAGUGGUGAUCCUCUCUCACUACCACACUACCAUCUUCUGUUCACUGUGGUGAAGUGGUUCUCCUCUCUCACUACCAUCUUCUGCUCACUGUGGUGAAGUGGAGCUCUUCUCCCACUACAGUCUGCUGCUCUUUGUGGUGAAGUGGUUCUCCUCUCUCACUACCAUCUUCUGUUCACUGUGGUGAAGUGGUUCUCCUCUCUCACUACCAUCUUCUGCUCACUGUGGUGAAGUGGAGCUCUUCUCCCACUACAAUCUUCUGCUCUUUGUGGUGAAGUGGUUCUCCUCUCUCACUACCAUCUUCUGUUCACUGUGGUGAAGUGGUGAUCCUCUCUCACUACCACACUACCAUCUUCUGUUCACUGUGGUGAAGUGGUGCUCCUCUCUCACUACCAUCUUCUGCUCUUUGUGGUGAAGUGGUUCUCCUCUCUCACUACCAUCUUCUGUUCACUGUGGUGAAGUGGUGAUCCUCUCUCACUACCACACUACCAUCUUCUGUUCACUGUGGUGAAGUGGUGCUCCUCUCUCACUACCAUCUUCUGCUCUUUGUGGUGAAGUGGUUCUCCUCUCUCACUACCAUCUUCUGUUCACUGUGGUGAAGUGGUGCUCCUCUCUCACUACCAUCUUCUGCUCUUUGUGGUGAAGUGGUGCUCCUCUCUCACUACCAUCUUCUGUUCACUGUGGUGAAGUGGUGCUCCUCUCUCACUACCAUCUUCUGCUCCUUGUGGUGAAGUGGUGAUCCUCUCUCACUACCAUCUUCUGUUCACUGUGGUGAAGUGGUGAUCCUCUCUCACUACCACACUACCAUCUUCUGUUCACUGUGGUGAAGUGGUGCUCCUCUCUCACUACCAUCUUCUGCUCUUUGUGGUGAAGUGGUUCUCCUCUCUCACUACCAUCUUCUGCUCACUGUGGUUAAGUGGUGCUCUUCUCUCACUACCAUCUUCUGCUCUUUGUGGUGAAGUGGUUCUCCUCUCUCACUACCAUCUUCUGUUCACUGUGGUGAAGUGAUGAUCCUCUCUCACUACCACACUACCAUCUUCUGUUCACUGUGGUGAAGUGGUUCUCCUCUCUCACUGCCAUCUUCUGCUCUUUGUGGUGAAGUGGUUCUCCUCUCUCACUACCAUCUUCUGUUCACUGUGGUGAAGUGGUGAUCCUCUCUCACUACCACACUACCAUCUUCUGUUCACUGUGGUGAAGUGGUUCUCCUCUCUCACUACCAUCUUCUGCUCUUUGUGGUGAAGUGGUUCUCCUCUCUCACUACCAUCUUCUGUUCACUGUGGUGAAGUGGUGCUCCUCUCUCACUACCAUCUUCUGUUCACUGUGGUGAAGUGGUGAUCCUCUCUCACUACCACACUACCAUCUUCUGUUCACUGUGGUGAAGUGGUGCUCCUCUCUCACUACCAUCUUCUGCUCUUUGUGGUGAAGUGGUUCUCCUCUCUCACUACCAUCUUCUGUUCACUGUGGUGAAGUGGUGAUCCUCUCUCACUACCAUCUUCUGCUCACUGUGGUGAAGUGGUGCUCUUCUCUCACUACCAUCUUCUGCUCUUUGUGGUGAAGUGGUUCUCCUCUCUCACUACCAUCUUCUUUUCACUGUGGUGAAGUGGUGAUCCUCUCUCACUACCACACUACCAUCUUCUGUUCGCUGUGGUGAAGUGGUGCUCCUCUCUCACUACCAUCUUCUGCUCUUUGUGGUGAAGUGGCUCUCCUCUCUCACUACCAUCUUCUGUUCUCUGUGGUGAUGUGGUGAUCCUCUCUCACUACCACACUACCAUCUUCUGUUCACUGUGGUGAAGUGGUGAUCCUCUCUCACUACCAUCUUCUGCUCUUUGUGGUGAAGUGGUUCUCCUCUCUCACUACCAUCUACUGUUCACUGUGGUGAAGUGGUGAUCCUCUCUCACUACCAUCUUCUGUUCACUGUGUUGAAGUUGUGCUCCUCUCUCACUACCAUCUUCUGUUCAUUGUCUAAUACAGGCUAAGAAUGUAUUUCCUAGAAUGUGGACUGUUUGCUUUGGAAUACUGUAGUAAAAGCUAUUUUUUAUUUGUUCUGUAGAAUAGCACUAUUAUUAUGUCAUACUGUGUCAUUUCUACUUUUAAGGAUAUUUUUUUCAUAUGGAUGGGUUUAAAUGUCUUGAUUGUUUAGCACUUAGACUAAAUAUGGUGCAGGAGUUAAUUGCAGAAUGCAUUUAUGCAUCUAUGCCAUUUGCCUACACCUUAUACUUAGGCCACAUUGGCCUGCAGCACCCUUCCUCCUGAAAUGUAUUUGGUCAGGGGUCAAUACAUACAUAAAACUUGUUUUAAGAAAUAAAAUGCUAUUUACUAGUCUGAAAUGUUACAAUCAUUUACAUGCCUUGAGUAUGGCAAAGUUUGUGUCACUUACUAUUAGAUAAGUAUCCAAUGCCCUUUAAAAUAAUGUUCGCCAAGGAUUUUUGCUUUAGCAAAUGUCACUGACUGGUAUGAUUACAUCUGUUUAUAUUGUCCUUUUUAUUCUUUUUUGGUCUGGUGUUUAGUUGUGACUCGUUGUGACUCAGGCUUAUUUUAAAUGUCACUGUUCCUUAUUACUCCCAAAAUUUAUGAUGCAAAUUCAUGAGGAGGAUAAACUUUUACAUUCUCAUUUUUUAGAACUUCUUUAUAUCCAUGUCAGUGGUGUAGCAAGGAUGAGUGCUGCAUGGGGCAGACCAAGUUUCCCCUCCCCCUCCCCACCCCACCCCCAAGCUGUGGGGCAGUUGGCAGAAAAUGGCAGCCCCUCAAUAUAUAGAAAAGAGUGCCAUGGGAUAGACCGCUCCCUUCAAACACCAUUGACUGUAAAAUACUUGCAUUUAGAAAAUCUGUCUCUGUCCCAUCCCAUUGUAAUCUAUUUUUUAAGUUUUAUUUCUUUCUCACUUUUAAUUUUUUAAUUUUCUAAAGCUUGAGACCACAGUAAGUACAUUUGUUAUUGAAGUUAUUGUUGCAGUUAACAGCUUGCGGUUUGAUCUUGAAAUGUGAAUAUUUUAAAACAAAACACCAGUAAUUACGGUUUAGUACAAUGUCUGUUUUCAUUGGUAACAAUAAAAUUGCUCAUCAACUACAAGAAAAGCUGUGCUCAAAUACAUGCAUUACAUAGUAAAUGUAUUUUGUGAUAUUUGUAAACCAUGUGCGUUUUUACUGGUAAAUCCACAUGUUCUGUAUUUUAUUAUGCUCAAUCCCUCCUCCCUUUGUAUUAUUUUGUCUAAAAAGAAUGAAGGGGCCUUCCGUAGAUGAUGUGACAUUAAUUUGGCCUAUUUUUUACAUCACACCCCAGUUCCCCCCCAAAAAAAAGAAUUAGUCAAAAUUUGUAACACAAAUAUGACACUUUUGUUACACAAUCACAACAACCCCCAAAUGGGUAACAUUGUUUAUGGAUGGCCCUUUAUGUGUAUGUAAAAUGUGUUUCUGAUGUGUCACCCAGGCCCCAUAUACAACUGACAAGGAUUUUUUUUUUCUUAUCAAAUAUAUUGUACAAUAAAUAUAAAUGCUCUUUGUAUUGAGAGUAAAAGAAACAUGUUCAAUAACACAAUACCCAAAGGAAGACAAAGCAAUGUGGAAAAAAAACCUUUCUUAACAUCACUUAGAACAAUAAAAAAAUAAUAAUAAUAAACCACUUCUAAUAAUUCCUGAUGAAAUGAGUUUGAGACUACAGUGGGUUUGAAAAUUGAUAAAAAGUCAAUGUUUUUGAUGUCUAAAACCUUUAAAUAUCCUUUAAGUACGAGUUUUUCACUUCACGCUUUAAACUCUGAGGAUUGUAUAAGAGUUGAUGCCUAAUAUCAUCUAAUACAUUUUAAAAAUAAUUUUCAAAAAUUAAAUUUUCAUGGCUUCCGGCUUGGGAAUAGCUUGUGACAACAUCUUGUAGGUUUGUGCACUUCAAACUGUGCUUAUUCAUAUUCCUGUUUUAUUCAGCAGUACUCUCUUGGUAUGAAAAGGUCAACAAAGUUUUCAUUGAAUGAUUUAUAUAUGGGGGAUAUUGAUAAAAUGUUCUUUUCCAUUUAUAUUAAAGUUUUUCAUAAAAUCACUUGCACUUUGCUUGAAUGUUUCAACAAAGUCAUUCUAGCCAUUUCCCUACACCGUGGAGAGCUAACUUGGUUUCACAAUAGGUCAAAAUUUGUCAGAUCCUGGAAGGAUCUUUUCAUAAGAAAUUUCAUCCUUUUGUUUGAUAAAAUUCAAAACUAUAAAUGGUUGGGAAGUUUUGCGUUAUCUAAGUUAUGCUCAUGUUGAUGUUUGUCGUAAAGGUUUGACAUUUGGAAUUUUUUUUUUAUUAAGCAUGCCAAAUGUUAUGUCAUUGGUGCUAGGUUGGCCCUGUGAUAAUAUGGUAAUGUUGCUUGACUAAAAUUCAUUUGAGGUUGUCCCCAGAUAUGGUAGAAUAAUUAGGUUGAAGAAAUCAUUCUAAGUAAAAAGUCUCAACCACCAGGACAGUAGCCAGGAAGGUGUGGGAUUAAACAUUGUCUUUAUUUAAGCAUAUAUAAAUACAGUGUUACCAAUGAGUUAAAGCUGCUUGAAUAAAUCCAGGGCUGAAAAAAAAUUAAUAAAUGUUAUUUAGUCAUCUUAAUCUGGAUACAAGGUAUCCAUUCCAAAUGAUAUCUGGCUCCCCUGUUUCAGCAGAGUCUCACUGGCAUGUAGGUGACAAUGGCUAAUAAAUACAAAAUACUUACUGGGGAGAAUGACAAUCCUUUCAAGGAGACCUUCUUUUUCAAAUUCUGCAACUUUUAUAUUUUUCCAAUACGGUUAUUGUCAUGACUUGGCAUUUUAUUCAUGUGAAAAUGUUUCACAUAAUUUGUUCUUUCCGCAGUUAGUAAAAAUAUGUGUUUGGUUGAGAGGAAGGGCAGGGUGGCGAUAUUAUUUAAUCCAUCCCAAUUUCAGGGCGCCGCUCUGCAGGCGACUCAAUUUCAUCUGUGCAUGUUUUUUCAGCUUUCGUAAAAAGUAUAAAGGUUUUUACGUUUUCUUUUGAAUCAAGGUGUGUUGAAUGUGUUGUAUCUGCUUUGACUGAUAAUCUUGUGUUUUUUACCGCGAUGAAUAGUGAUUACAUGGAUUUUUUGGACAUCGUUGCCAUACACCAAGACAAAUCAGUAGCCGCCAUAUUGGAAAUAAUUGAGACGCUAUCUUGUAUACAAAUGGCAAGAUCAAAACAACCAUUUAAAGACGAAUGGACUACAGACAAAAGGCUGAUCUUGGAGAAGAAAACCUCCGCUCAAACAAAAAUCCAAGACUUUUGUCAUUAAAGAAAUCAAUAGUUACCGCACACUUUCACGCCGAAUGUCUUGCUACAGACUAACAUUAAGGAACAAAAACUCUAACAUUACAAGGGCUGAAGGAAAUAUGUACGAUGAAUGUAAAAAACAAAUUUCCAUUUAUUUGGAUAAAUAAAAAUAUCUUAUCUUAUUUUUUUUUUGUUGAUGAUUACUAUGAUACAGAAACUUUAAAAAUUGCUCAUGGGUCUUUAAAGAUAGAAAAAUAAAAUGUAUGUUAAAAAGCAAGUUUUGCAAAAGAAACGAAAGGAUCACCCUGAGAAUUUGAAAAAUAUCUAAUAGAAUAAAUGUAGAUUAAUAAAAAAGACCCUUAUUGUCUUUAAAAAUUCAUGUACAGUGGUUCAUAUUUUUUUUCUUCAUGUCCAUUCUUAUUGGUUUGAAUGCUGGGGGCUACGUUCAGUUUAUUGGAUUGUCCUGUCGCCUUCGUCUAUGUCAGAUGGUCCCAGGGCUAUUAUGUGAUUUACACUGGCUCCAUACACAAUCAACAACCCCAGGUGACACUGUGUACUUAAAACUAUGCUGAGUGACACCACAUCAUCAUAAGUCUUUGAAAUAUUUCUACAUUGUUGAUAGCAGUGUGCUCUAACCAUGACAUUUUUAACAUAAAUCAUAUGCUUGAGAAUUAAUCACUUUGUAUAUAACUAUCAAUCUCAAAAUUGCAAAAUUAAAUGUUACGUUUUACAACAACCAAAUUUAUAUUUGAAGACCCUGUAAUGAAAGACAUAAAAUGUCAUUUAUUUUAUAUAACGGGGAAAAAAAUAUUUUUUUUUGUCUUUGGAAGUUCUGUACUAACACUACUAAUACGUGGUUUUUUUUUAUAUAUGUUGCUAUUUUCAUGUUACAUGAAUGAAGAAAUAUUAAAAAAUAUUAAUCCUCAAACAAAUAUUUAUGUCAUUUAUGCAUACAUGUAUGUUUUAAGCGUUUUUGCUGGAUGUGAUUUCCCAUCUUAACAAAAAAAUAUAUAAAAGGAAGCUAUUAUGACAUUAAAUAAUAAAUCAUAAUUUACUAUGUAGCUGGGUUUUGACCACUAAAUGUUCCCUUGACUUUACUGAUGUGAUUUACGCUUAACUGAUGUAGUUAAGAUUGAGACUUUACAGAUGUAGAUGGGAUUGGCACUUUACUAAUAUAAAUGGGACUUUUCUCAGAUAAUACCUAAUUAAUUUUCAUGGAACUAAAUAUAAUCUUUUCCAUUUUCUGUACUCUUAGGUCAGAAACUUAUUCCUUUCCGAUGGUAACCGACGUAUUGACUUUGUCCUGGCUUGGACAACAGAAAUCAAUAAGAAAACAGAAACGGCCAAACAGGCCAGAAAGCUCUUUGAGGAAAACCUGGUGAAAGAAGGACUACAAUUGGAAUAUGAUACUGUAUGUUAAAUUAGAUAUUUCCUUACUUCAACUUGUCUUCAAGGAUUAAAUAGUCAAACCAUUUCAUCAAUAAUUCAACUAGAAUAUAUUCCCUAUUGAUUACAACCCAGAUUCUAUGUGCUAAUUUUUGCCAGAGAUUUCUGCCUGAGAGAUUAGACCUGUCAAUGUGAUGAAGAGCAAAAAAAAGAUUGGAUAUUCAGUUAGCAUAAUUCCCUCUGUACGUCUGUCUGGAGCUAACGCUAAGAGAGACAAUAUAGCGUUGCAGUUUAAGAAUAUGUAGUUGCAUCCACUUAAAAAUUCAUAAAAGAAAUUUUUCCCUACAUUAUCGAGAGUUUUUAAAAAUAUUUUUAUUUUUAUUUUGUAGAUAAUUAUAAAUUUUGAUGAUCUGAAUCUUAGAUACCGGUAUUAAACUUUUGAAAACAGGUGUCAUUCUUCAUGGUUAAUACUAGUUUUUACAUAAUCUACAUUGAAUUUCAUUUUGCUCUAGUGGCUUUAAUCAUUUUAAAUAUCUUUUUUUUUCCUUUACCAGAGAGGCACAGGUGUCCAUUUUGUAAAAGUUCAUGCCCCGUUCGAUGUUCUGAAAAGAUAUGCUGACAUUCUCAAACUGCGAAUGCCAAUGAAAGAGGUAAAAAAAAAAAAAAUUGUCUUUAGUUUCUAG